AUGUCCCUGCCUGCUACUAGCCAUCUCUUGGACAAAACGUCGGCGUUCACCUCACGCGUCGCUCUAUCUGUUUUGAACACUCUUUUCAGUCUCGGCGUCGGAUUCAUCGGCGUUGUCGUUGCCGCUGGACUGUACGGAGGUCUGCCUGACUCUUCCAACUUGUCGGACCGCUCCUCUGAACACCCUGCUAGUCUCCUGCGUCCAGACCUGGUGGUUGCGCUGGUCAUGAUAUUCGACACUAUACACCAGGCUCUCAUAUCUCAUACUGUGUAUACUUAUCUUGUGACGAAUUAUUCGAACAGGCUUGACGGCAUUGCUAGUGCAAUGUUUCUUGACUCAUCGAAUCUGGCGCUGUGUGUUAUUUGUCGCUUAUCUCGCACCAUUUCUCAUCUACAACGCAGUGAGCAACGGCAACAUAUGGUUUACUGCCACCGCUAUGAUUCUCGUAUUGGGAGAAUUCGGCUGUGUCCUUGGUUCGUGCAUCUCUUCUUGACCCUACUUAGUGGUCUUGAAUCCUUCGUUCCUAUUCUAGCCUACGUCAUCUUGUCAAUGCAACUGGAGACGUUCGCUCAACUUACUCAACUGAAGACACUUUCGAUCAUGGUCAACACGUUGGCUGCAGCCGGCGAUGUCUUCAUCGCUGCCACGCUCUGCACGCUGUUGCAUCGAUCUCGCACCGGCUUCCAUCGUUCCGACACUAUGAUCAAGAAGCUGAUCAUGUUUGCAGUCAAUACCGGCCUGGUCACUAGCCUAUGCGCCAUUGCGUCGCUCAUUUCUGUAAGCAUCUCUUCUCGACUGCUUGGCCUAUGGCUCAGUUCCAUCUCAAAGACCGUUGUCGCCGGGAACACGUUCAUUUACAUCCUGUUCUUCUUCUGCAUGGGCCGACUCUACUGCAACAGCCUGCUCGCGACACUGAACGCACGCAAGAUGAUCCGCUCCGCGGCUGACGGUGUGAAUCACACGAGCGAAAACGCCUCUCUCUCACUGCGAGAGUUCCACCCCAAAAACUCGUCGCUAUCCAUGACAUCUAAGCGCCCGAACAUCUCGAUCAAAAUCGACACGACACACGAGUUCAACCGUGACGGAGACUCGACCGACCCCGAGAAAUUCGCGACUCAAUCAGCUGCCGUCCGUUUCGAGCUUUCUCAUUCGCCUCGCCCCACUCAUCGAGCACCUCCCCAGUCCAUCCAGUGUUACACUCUCCCCAACUCGCCCCUCGAGACGACGGUUUCUGCCGUGUGA